AUGGAUACCAGGAUACCAUUAGAACGAACACAAUUUAGAAAUGAAUUACCACCAUAUACAUUAUUAUUGGCUGAACGUGCUCAAGAACAAUUUAAUGAUAGUAGACAUAAUCGUCCACGACCAGCAAUUUAUAUAAUUGAUGCAUAUUUUAUUGCUAAUGAAAAUAUUCUUUUUCAAAAUGAACGCCCAAUGGUUUUUGUGGAUCGAUAUCGUUUGUUGAAAUUGUUUGAAAAAGCAAUUAAUAAACCAGCUCGUGGUGAUCUUGUGCCUAUUCGAAUCAGUGAACAAUUACGUUUGGAACAGAUGGAUUUUACUAAUGUAGAUAUUGAAAGUAAACCACGCAUACAAGUUCGUGGUUUAUGGAUAUCUAAAUUUAUUCAAUAUCCAUGGAAAAUUUUAUUAAGUAAAUCUAAUCAAUCAAAAUUUUUUCAUAGUCAAGCAAAUCGUACAUCAAUACAAUCUGCUCCAUCUGAUUGGUCUCAUGUAUCUUCUUUAAGACCGAUGCUUGAAAACAGUUUUUAUUCGGAUUUUAAUCAUGGUGAUGAUUCUGUAAAAAAAUCCAAUUUUAUUGCAUUUAUUCAAGAAAAAAAUCGUGAAAUUCAAUCCCAACAACGUGUUAAUAAUCACAAACCUGUUAGUGAUACUAAUUAG